UCCUCUUCUCACCACCACCACCACCAACAAGAGCACUCUUGUCUCUUGCCAAGCUUUGCAUAGUUAGUUGAACAGUCCAUUUCGCACACGACUGAGAUUUAUAGAUGGCGUCGAUGUCGAUGAGCUCGUCGAGGGCGCAGUGGACGGCGAAGCAGAACAAGCUGUUCGAGCAGGCGCUGGCGGUGUACGACAAGGACACGCCGGACCGGUGGCACAACAUCGCGCGCGCCGUGGGGGGCAAGUCGGCGGACGAGGUCAGGCGCUACUACGAGCUGCUGGUCGAGGACGUCAAGCACAUCGAGGCAGGCAAGGUGCCCUUUCCCGCCUACAGGUGCCCCGGCGGCGGCGCACCCGGCUCCAUGACCAUGGGAAGCUACGAGGCUGACAGGUACUGACCUAGCUUGUCACAGGCUGAAGCACCUGAAGAUCUAAGUGGCAUGCAUGAUGCAUGUACGUACACCGCGCGUGUGGCUACAAAGAAGCAACUCAAGCAAGUGGCCAGAGCAUCCGAGCAUGCAUGUGAAUAACUACUAGCUAGGUUGUAGAUCAAUCGAUCUCCCGUGUAUGUACUGUGUUCAUCUCAUGUCUGACCUCUCUAUGUGUAUUAUACAUAUUUGGGAAAAGUAAAGAAAACAGUAUUUCAUUCCGCA